AUGGAGCCGUUCCAGGAUCCAGCAGAUAUUGAUCAAUUUAAAAGAAAGUUAGGUUUUGACAAGGCUCUCGUCAAUUGCUCUGGUAAAAUAUGGAUUUUUUGGAGAAUGGAAUGGGAGGGAGAAGUUGUGAUGAACUCAAUUCAACAAAUUACCAUGAAGUUUAGCAAAAACAACAACAUUUUCUUUAUCUCGUCAGUGUAUGCAAGAUGCAAUGGGUUGGAAAGGUUAGAAUUAUGGGACGAGUUGAGUAGCUUUGCAGAAGACAUUCAAUCACCUUGGAUGAUUGGAGGCGAUUUUAAUGUAUGCUUAAAUGAGGAGGAAAAAUUGGGUGGACUAGCAUUUACUCAGCAGGAAGCAAUGGAUUUUGCGCAAUGUAUUAGUAGUUGUGCACUUUUGGAGGUUCCUUUCACUGGAACAAGGUAUACUUGGUGGAAUGGAAGGAUUGAAGAUGAUUAUAUAUUAAAAAGAUUAGACAAAAUUUUGGUCAAUCAUGAUUUCUCAACUGCUUUUCCAGCCAUUGGAGUACAACAUUUCAUUCGACAAGGCUCAGACCCUGUUCCUCUUCACGUG